AUGUUCAUCGCUGCCACAAUUUCAAUUACCAGCAACGACAACAACGCCCUCGUCUCACAAUCACAACAACAGCAACAAAAAUCUCCUCAAUUCAUGGAAUCGCUCAACACCAAACUGCUUUCUGAGGUCUUCUCGUGGCUGGAAAAUGACAACACAACAUCGUUCCAUCUCGCCUUGACGAACAAGAGAUGUUACCAAGCCUGGAAGGGAUUUCGGCGACCGUCUCCUCUGCCGCUUCGAUUUGUCGGAACUCUGGGGGAUUGGUCAGAUGACGAAGAUGAUGAAGACUGCCGCGACGGACCUACAUGUCAGCAAGAGCCGUUUGCCUUGGAGGUAGGCAUGAAUAAUUACCAACCGGAAGGAGAGUUAUUGACGACAAUUCAUGUUGUUGCCACCAAUGACGAUGACGAGAGCAGUGAAGACGAAGACUAUGACGACGUGAGCGAUGAUGAUGACUCCGUGCAGCAGUUGCGUGACAAUCUUUACUGUGGCUACGACAUGCGCCGAAGCGAUGUUCUGUCUUUGGUGGAUUGCGUAAAGCCAUCAGUCGUUCGAAGGAUUCAUCGCCAGAGAAAUCGUUUGUGUCGCAGCAUUCCGUGGAAGGACAUUUUGGAAGAGAUGAAGGUUGGAUUAUUAGCACUCAUGAUUGCCCGAACGGUAAUGCAAGAAGUGAGAUUGUGA